AUGGAUUUCUCCGACUUUGACAGUUAUAUUAAACAUUUCAAUUUAACUGAAAAGGACAUUGUAGAAAUAGUUGAAACCUUAAAAAGCGCAAUUGAUAUAUUUUCUGUUUCUUCGGAUGUUGUUACAUUUUUGGCAAUUCUGUAUGGAUUUAUUUCACUUGUUGCUGUGUUUGGAAAUGGCUUGGUGAUAUUAGUGGUGCUAAAAAAAAAGAAUAUGCAAACUUUGACUAACAUCUUCAUUGCCAAUUUAGCAUUCGCAGAUGUUGCCUUAGGAAUAUUUGUGAUACCAUUUCAGUUUCAAGCAGUAGUUUUGCAGCGUUGGGUGUUUGCUGACUUUAUGUGUAGUGUGGCACCAUUCGUUAAAAUAUUAUCCGUGAAUGUUAGUGUUCUAACAUUAACACUGAUUGCCAUUGAUAGGUAUAUGGCCGUUAUACAUCCACUGCAUGCCGGUUUUCGAAAAAGAGUUGCAGUGGUUGUGUUAUUAGUAAUAUGGCUUAUAAGUACUUUAUCAGCCUUACCAGUUGCACUUUAUUUCACAAUUCAAAAUAUGUUUAGAAUAAAGGAUAUAGAGGAGAGAAAAAGGUGCGUAGUAAAAUGGCCAUCAGAAAAUGUCCGUACAUUAUACUGUUCAUAUUUGAUUCUACUCCAAUAUCUAGUUCCAUUAAGUGUAAUUACGUUUUCAUAUGUUCGCAUUACAUGUCGAAUAUGGGGCAGUACACUGCCAGGGAACGAAACGAACAUACGAAGAGGGACAGCAAGAAACAGCAACCGGAAAAAGGUUGUAAAGAUGCUGAUUAUUGUGGUGUGUUUAUUUGCGUUCUGUUGGUUACCACUUCAGAUCUACAACUUGUUUGUAAUAUAUAAUAAAGAGAUAAACGAAUAUAAAUAUAUUAAUAUUAUCUGGCUGUGCUCCAAUUGGCUGGCGAUGAGCAACGCUUGUUAUAAUCCAUUCAUUUAUGGACUAUUGAACGUGAGUGUAGCAUUCCUUUACUUCUAG